UAUGUGUUAAAUAUAAAUGGCAUGUGUCUCUAAAAGUGUGCUUUCUUUUGCUCGCAGGCACUUCUUCUCUGAAGUUUCAAAAUGGAGUCCACUCACCUCCUGGGCAGCUCUAAGAAGAGAGUAAAGAUCCACCCUCACACUGUCACAGCCAAGUACGCCACACACACCCCAUACUCCCCUCAACCUGGAGUGCACACACAUUUCCCUCAACCCGGGGACGAAGGCUACGACGAUGCCCCAUCUUUUGAGGACUUUGGCUCCUUUCUGGAGGAGACAUCAGACAGGAAACAGCUGACAGAGAGCAGGAGGUGGCCUCUGACUCUGUUUGGCUCCAGAGACAAAGACAAGGAUACAGCCCUCAAACCUCAAGCUGCCGGGGGAGGAGAUGGGAGUGAGGGGGGAGCCAAAGCAACCAAGGGGUCUGGAAGAGGGGUGGGGGAACAGCUGGCCAGUUUUGGGGAGGCGUCUGUGUCUGCCUCUCGGCUCACCUGGGUGGGGCUGCUCGGUGCCGCACUGGCUCACGGCUGUUUGAUCGUUCUGACCCGCCUGGCCUCUGAGCGCUUCAACCUUGGCCCCCUGUUUCUACUCUUAGUUCGAUCCAUCGUCCAGCUCCUCUCUGUGGCUGUACCACUUCACAGGGGGGAGAACCCUUUCGGUCCAGAGGGCUAUCGUCUGCGUCUCCUCUGUUAUGGCAUCGCCUACUCACUUUCCCUCUGCUGCGCCUAUUCAUCCUUAACCUUCAUCUCUCCCGGAAACGCCACAACAACCUGGCGCCUGGCAACCACAGCUCUGUCAGCGACACUGGCCUUCCUGCUCCUGGAGGAAAGGCUGGGAUUGGCUGACGGGAUCACCUUAGCUGCCGGGCUGUGUGGUUUGGGGCUUGUGUUACUUCCCACAGCAGAUGAGAGCAACUCCGAUUCACCAACUGACCCACUUGUGUUCUGGAGAGGUGCUUUCGGCUGGUCUCUUUCAGCACUUGCAGGACUGUGGAUGGCCCUAGCGCUGGUUGGGUAUCGCUCCCUGAAGGAGAGGGUGGGAGUUGGCACAGCUUUGUUCACAGUGAGCUGGACGGGCUGCCUGCUCGCUCCCGCUUCCUUGGCUCUGCUCCAGGAGGGCUGGUCCUGGCCUAUGAGUGGCACAGCUUGGGGCCUGAUCCUGGGCCUGGUUGCCUGCUCGGUAGCAGCCUUCCUGGGGAUGACGCACGCCCUUACGCGACUCCACCCAGCUCUGGUGUCCGCCUCUCAGAGCCUGGAGGUACCUGUUGCCAUGCUGCUGCACCUGGCCGUGUUGCCAUUGGUUCCCACUGCGCCUGAGGUCGUCGGGAAUGCGAUGGUCAUACUGAGCGUUAGCUGGCUGGUGGCGAUGAAGCUGCUCCCCUCUCGAGGGGGCGGGCGGCGCCAGAGGGAGGAGUAUGAGGAGAUUCUGGACUCGCCCAUCAAAUAGACACCAACUCUGUGCUGUUCACACCUCCACUCUCUCUUCUGCUCACUCCCUCCAUAACAAGAUUGGUUCCAGUGUACAUAAGAGACUGCUAAAUGUUUAUUGGAGCUUUAUCUAUUUUGUAUCGUCCUCUUUGCUUUUGAAAA